AUGCCGCUACCAACUAAAAUUUUUGGCGAUAAAGUCCGCGGACUUCCGGUGAUUGACAAGCUGCUCAGAAGAAAUCGCCGUGGAUCGGAUGCGUCUUCAGCCCCGCCGCCGUCUCAUAGAAUGGGCCAAUUCGUAAGCAGCCGAAAGAAGACCGCUUCGGAGAGCGAGCCCGGUGCGCGGCCUGGCCAGCCCAUCUCGCUCGCCGGCUCCUCAGCUUCCGCCAAAUUAGCCCAAUACAUGGAAUUGUUCAAGGAGCGCGGCUACUUACCCGAUUUCUUGCUGAUUCAUGAACAUCCGAGCUCCAUGUACAUCGAUGAAGAUGGCGACAUUGCCAACGAGUUCUAUGCGGAGGACCAGCUAGGCACCAAACGGCGGCUUUGCCGGAUUAUGAAGAAUCUCCGGCCACAGGGCACCGAACGGUACCAAAUCCCGCGUCUGAAUCCCGAUUGCCCCGUCGUCAUGCUCGAGAUGAAGGCCCCA